AUGCUGUACGAGGGUGUGCGCCACACUAUUACGACAAUGUUAGGCGCUGAAAGGCAAUGGCUACGUCGGCAGUGGCGGGUGCUGUCUCUGGCAUAUCAAUUGCAGCAACAUGUGCGAUCUCACGUACCUGUUGCGUCAAAGCUACAUCAGCUGAAUGCGGUCCAUGUCCGCAGCUUCGCAAUGCCUGCAGCUAUUUUAAGUCAGAUGAACUUGCUUGGACGCCGCUACGAUGUGUUGGCGCAUGAAUUAUCACACAACGAUGGCAGCUUUUCAUCGAACAAGAUCACGACUCUUGCUAUUGAAAUGGCAGAGCUGGAGCCAAAGGUAGCAGCAGUGCGUGAGCUGCAGAAUCAACAAAAAUUAGUGAAGGAGCUGGACGAAAUGAUUGUGGAGCAGACGGACAGUGACGACCCUGAUGCCGUAGAGCUCCGUCGCAUGGCAGAGGACGAGCGUCGAGAGCUGUUGGAAACUAUUAACCUACUGGAAAGUGAGGUAGUGCGGCUCAUGCUGCCACGUGAUGAGGUAGAUGAAAAGAGCUCGAUCGUGGAGAUUCGGGCAGGUACCGGUGGUGAUGAGGCUUGUCUUUUUGCUGCGGACAUUCUCAAAAUGUAUCAGAAGGUGGCGCUGGCCAAAGGCUGGAAGUUUGAAAUUAUGAGCUUAUCUGAGACGGACUUGGGUGGCUGUAAGGAGUGUGUUUGUUCUCUUACAGGUCGUGGUGCCUAUGGCCGCAUGAAGUUUGAGAGUGGUGUCCAUCGUGUGCAGCGCGUGCCAGUGAACGACGUUCGCGUGCACACGAGUGCCGUGUCCGUGGUGGUGUUGCCUGAAGCUGAAGACGUCGAGGUGGAGAUCGAAUCGAAAGACCUCCGCAUUGAUGUAUAUCGUGCGUCCGGAGCUGGAGGCCAGCACGUCAAUACGACGGAAAGCGCAGUACGGAUUACGCAUAUCCCCACAGGCAUCGUGGCAUCAGUUCAAGAUGAGCGAUCGCAACAUCAAAACAAGGCCAAGGCGCUGAAGAUUCUCCGUGCGCGUGUAUUUGAUGGUAUCCGUCGACAACGCGACGCCGCACGUCACACUAUGCGAAACUCACAGGUGGGCUCAGGUGAUCGCUCUGAGCGCGUACGAACCUACAACUUUCCGCAGAGCCGCGUGAGCGACCACCGCGUAAACGUGACUGUCUUUGGCAUCGAGCGGAUGCUGAAUGGUGAGUUGCUGGAUGACAUUGUGGAUGCGCUAGUGGUUGACGAGCAGAAUCACCUGCUUAAACAGCUUGAAAACGUAUCCGAGACGCUAUAG